AUGUCAAAAACUUACAACAAUGAAUGUUUCGAAGUGAAGGAGAAAAUAGAGACUACUAUGCAGCUGUUUACUCAAGCCGUAGAAAAUCGUGAAACAUAUAUUUUUGAGAAGGUUGAGAACAUGCGUCAGUCGAAGAUAAACGAACUGAAUCAAUAUAUGAAUACACUGCGUGGUAUGCUCGCUGGUUUAUCUUAUAUAAGUGAAUUGAUAAUACAUAGCAAAGAUUCCGACGGAAUAAAUUUGUUUAUGAUUAAAGAAAAGGACAAAUAUGAGGUUAAUUUAUUUUCAACUAUGUUCAAGAAUAUGCAGUUCCAAGAACGUGACGGUAGCAGUAUGUCAUCACUCCCCAGUAUUGCACAAUCACCGGCUUCAAGCGAGCCGUCCACUUCGGCAGCCUCGACCAGCGCUACGGCCAGCAAUAGCUUCUACGAACUGGACGAGUCAGUCGUCACGUCUCGUUUCAUUUCUGAUAUUCUCCAUACAAGGGAGAAUAUAUCUCCUACCGAAUCCAUUUAUUCAGGGGAGUCCAUUCGUGAUGAUAUCGAACUGCCAUCAAUCAGUGGUAUGCCUAAUUCCCUGGGCGCCAUUGGUUGUGAAUUUGCUAGGAUCAGAAAGAAUAAGAGUAAACAACAGAGGACAUAUAAAACAGACAAUGUGAGCGGUUUACCGAGCAGGUCAUACUAA